GAUGGGGAAAAGUCUCCAAUGUUUAGCUGUCAGUGCCGUCGUCAUCGUCCUUGGGAAGUGGAGAUAGAGAGAAGAAUCCGCGUCUGAUAGUGCAUUUUUCGCCUUUCUUCUCAUCCGCCUGGCAAGUGGAGCAAUGAACUAGUGCAGUUACGUAAAGCAGGAGACAGUGAUCGAGCUUCAAAGCGCCAUGGCGGGCAGCGAAGAAGCCAAUUACGCACUUCACAUCGCACUCACGACGCUCCGGGAGAGAUGUCAGAAGCUCGAGGCUCGCUUGUCGGCCGUCGAGGAGGAGAACCAUCAGCUGCGCGUGAAGGUGGGUGACUCGCGUGGCCAGGAGCUCGGUGACAGUGCUGAGAACGAGGUGGGGGCGCUGCAGGCCAAGGUGGCGGAUCUCACGAGACAGAAAGUCCAGCUGACGGAUCACAUUGCAAUGGUGGCCACGGAGAAUCGCCAGCUGUGGUCACGCUUGUCGCGCCUCACGAAGGACAGCUGUCCACCGAAGGCGAGUCCACCCUCGCCGAUCAACAGCCAGAACCUCAUUCGCUCCAAGACAUUCACACAGAACGCUCCCAAUCCGAAGUUGCGCGACAAACUCCCAGACACGGAGAAUCUCAGCCUGGAGGAGAUCUCCCUGCAGAUGCUGAACGACGUGACGGACGCCAAGCAGCAGCUGGAGAAGAGCUGCCAAGAGAUCAUGACUGCCAGCACGGCGGACGGUGAGACGCUGAUGGGAUUCGGCUUCCUGGCCGACGACGCGCCUGACACCGAAGGUGACAUCACAGAAAAGCUGACCAAGGGCCUGGACAGGUACAGGAAGCUCAAGGACACAAUGGUGAAGCAGCAGAGUGACUUAAGGGAGCUGAUGGAGCAGAGAAAGUCCCGCAAACGCGAGCUGAAAGUCUGUCGAGCGUGCGAGGAGAGGGUCGAAGUGGCGAAGCCCGUGACGGUGUCCAUCGAUUCUCAGACGGACUUCGAGGAGGAGCACGAAUCCGCCACUCCGCCAAUCCCUGAACCGCCAUGUCCACCGACUGUGCCUCCACAACCACUUCCGCGCCACUUCGAUGCCAGUCGCCUGGACUUUUUGGAGCAGAAGCGACUCGCCGACGUGCUGGACAAGAUGUGCCCGAUGUGUGGCAAGAUCUACAGCACCACGAGCAAGUUCGAGGAGUUCCAGGAGCACGUGGAGUCGCACUUUGUGGACGAGAACGAGAUGGACUUGAGCGUGGAGCGCAACUACGAGAUCGUGUCGAACUUCUGACACUCCGGGAGGAUUUUCUUUCACGGAGAGAUCUGAGAUUUCGUGGGCAUUUCGUCGUUCGGAAAUGACUUUUUCUAUCGCAUUGCUGAGAGACUGCGGAUUAAAAUUGUGUAAAUAGAACUUAUAAAUAGUGUUCCAGACAAACCCCUUCAGCGCCUCAGAGCGUGGAGAUUUUAUCAGUAUAAUAAACUACAAUAGAUAAACA